UUAAAGCAGAGUUGAACCUGAAGCAGAGUGUGUGGAAGCUUCUGGAACAGGCUGCAGGAGGAAGAACUUCACCACCAAGAUGAUUUUAACUGUAGUUUUGGUCGUUUUGUUUGUUUUGGCGACAGGAGACGCAGAGAACAGAGACAGACACUCCCUGACCUACAUCUACACGGCCCUCUCCAAAGACCCCAAAAUCCCAGGUAUCCAUGAGUUCACGGCCAUGGGGAUUCUGGACUCCAGGGUAAUCGACUACUUCGACAGCACCACACAGGUGAAAACUCCCAGAACAGACUGGAUGAAGGAGAAUCUGGAUCAGGACUACUGGAAAAAAGGCACACGAUCCCGGAAGGACAAACAGCAGUGGUUCAAAGUCAACCUGGACAUCCUGAAGGAACGGAUGAACCAGACCGACAACGACAUCCAUGUUCUUCAGUGGAGACACGGCUGUGAGGGCGAGGAACAACCUGACAGGUCACUGAAAUACAUCCGCGGCUUGAACAUGUACAGCUACGACGGAGACGACUUCCUGUACUUUGACGACUCCCACUCAGUGUGGGUGGCUCCAGUGAAAGCGGCAGAGCAGACCAAGAGGAAGUGGGAUCAGGAGCAGAAAGUCCAUAACUACCCCAAAGGAUACCUGGAGAUAGACUGCAUGGAGUGGCUGAAGAAGUAUUUGACGUACAGGGAGAAGGACCUGAACACCACCAAAAAACCUGAAGCGUAUGUGUUCGCAAAUAACGCCAGGUCUAAGACAAAUGUGGUUUUGACCUGCAUGGCCACUGGUUUCUACCCACUGGAAAUACAAAUUCACAUCCAAAGGAACAGUCGAGUUCUUACUAAAGAUGACGACGUGAUGAGCACAGGAACUCGACCGAAUGGAGACAACACCUACCAGAGACGAGACAGUGUGGAGAUUCUACGCAGCGACGUGGCCAAGUACUCCUGUCACGUCAUACAUCAUCCAACUGGUGUUAAUAUAAUAAAGGUUUGGGAUCGUAAACUCCCUGACCCUGACGAUGAACCAGACAGUCCUGUACCAGUCGGUGUUAUUGAAGGAGUUUUGGGGGUCGUAGCUGUACUUGGACUUGGACUUGUUGUCCUGGGGAUCCUGUACAAAAAAGGCAAAUUGGAUCGUGUUAUCCAUCGUAACCCUCAACAGCUUCCACCUCAAAAUCCCCGUCCUGCUGUGAAUCCCGUACCACAUCGUGUUAUCCAUCGUAACCCUCAACAGCUUCCACCUCAAAAUCCCCGUCCUGCUGUGAAUCCCGUACCACAUCGUGUUAUCCAUCGUAACCCUCAACAGCUUCCACCUGUGAAAGUCGAACCAGCUGCACAAGUUCCACUGAUCCAACAGAACGAGCCCAAAAAAGAUGGUUCUCAGGGCUCUCUGGAGAGCAAGGACUCUGGUCAUUCUUCCACUGGUGCGGCGUCGAGUGGAGCAUCGAACAGAGGAUCAGGCGACGGAUCACAUGAGUCUCUCCUGGAAAAAUAAACCAUUCAAGUCUCAGCCUGUAAAAUUCAACAGGUUUUAAAUAAUAAUUGUAAGUAAUGAUCUGAAUCAGCGGCUCACUUCAGAUAAACAUGUU